CUGGCUGUGCGUGUUGGCAGGCGCCCUCGCCUGCGCCCUCGGCCCCGCGGGCGGCCAGGCAACCAGGCUGCAGCAGGAGUGUGACUAUCUGCGGAUGAUUGAGGUGCACCGCAAGCAGUGCCUGGAGGAGGCCCAGCUGGAGAAUGAGACAGCAGGCUGCAGCAAGAUGUGGGACAACCUCACCUGCUGGCCAGCCACCCCGCAGGGUCAGGUGGUUGUCUUGGCCUGCCCUCCCAUCUUCAAGCUCUUCACCUCCAUUCAAGGCCACAACGUGAGCCGCAACUGCACGGAUGAAGGCUGGACACACCUGGAGCCUGGCCCCUACCCCAUGGCCUGUGGCUUGGAUGACAAGGCAUCAAGUUUGGAUGAGCAGCAGACAAUGUUCUACAGUUCUGUGAAGACAGGCUACACCAUUGGCUACAGCCUGUCCCUCGCCACCCUUCUGGUCGCCACGACAAUCCUGAGCCUCUUCAGGAAGCUCCACUGCACGCGGAACUACAUCCACAUGCACCUCUUCAUAUCCUUCAUCCUGAGGGCUGCCGCUGUCUUCAUCAAAGACUUGGCCCUCUUUGACAGCAGGGAGUUGGACCACUGCUCCGAGGGCUCGGUGGGCUGUAAGGCAGCUGUGGUCUUGUUCCAGUACUGUGUCAUGGCCAACUUCUUCUGGCUGCUGGUUGAGGGCCUCUACCUGUACACCCUACUGGCCGUCUCCUUCUUCUCCGAGCGGAAGUACUUCUGGGGGUACAUACUCAUCGGCUGGGGGGUACCCAGCACAUUCACCACAGUGUGGACCAUCGUCAGGAUCCAUUUUGAGGAUUUUGGAUGCUGGGACACCAUCGACUCUCCCUUGUGGUGGAUUAUAAAGGCCCCCAUCCUCACCUCUAUCUUGGUGAACUUCGUCCUGUUUAUUUGCAUCAUCCGAAUCCUGGUUCAGAAACUGCGGCCCCCAGAUAUCAGGAAGAGUGACAGCAGUCCAUAUUCGAGGCUGACCAAGUCCACACUCCUGCUGAUCCCCCUGUUUGGAGUACACUACAUCAUGUUCGCCUUCUUCCCUGACAAUUUUAAGGCUGAAGUGAGACUGGUCUUUGAGCUCAUCUUGGGGUCUUUCCAGGGUUUUGUGGUGGCCAUCCUCUACUGUUUUCUCAAUGGCGAGGUGCAGGCGGAGCUGCGGCGGAAGUGGCGGCGCUGGCACCUGCAGGGCAUCCUGGGCUGGAACCCCAAAUACCAGCACCCGUCGGGAGGCAGCAACGGCGCCACCUGCAGCACGCAGGUGUCCAUGCUGACCCGCGUCAGCCCCGGCGCGCGCCGCUCCUCCAGCUUCCAAGCCGAGGUCUCCCUGGUCUGACCGCCAGGAGCCCGGGGCCCAAAGCGACCCUCCCGCCCGCUCCCACCCACCCCGGCCGGCGCCGGGGACAGAGACCUGCCCGGGCGCGGCCAGCCCCAGCCCUGGGCUCGGAGGCUGCCCUGGCCCCCAGUCACUAGACUGGACACCCCUGGAGAACCUGUCCGGAGCGUCUCUAGCAAGUAGGAGAGGGGGAGCGCCGCCCCUGGAGCUGUGGGGUGGAACUCGGUCAUCAGACUUUCCCCAAAGGCGUCCUCCGCUAACCGAGGGCAAAAAAAUCUGCACACUUUCAUCCCGACUCCGCCUUCUGGUAGCUCUUCUGCCCACUCCAAGGAAAGCAACGGCUCAUCCUCAAGGCUGGGGUGCUCUGAGGGCAGAAAGUCCUGCCCCGGAGGACACCACCACCUCACCUCGGCAGUGCCUGAAAUUCCAGCGUGGCUGGCAAGUUCCUUUGGGGUAAGCAUUGCCAUUCAGACAUUUCUCUGAAGACGUACUGCUCCCUGUGCCCUCCUCUUAGAAAGUUACCCUUCUGGAAGUUUUGAAGUGGGAAGCACAGCUAUUUUUGUGCUCCCCACUGAAGUGGAGUACUCUCGGAGUCAGGUGGCUGGAACAAGGCAACCCAAGGACUGAAUUACUCUGGGGCCUCUGGGAAGGGAGGAGACAGUCAUCAGCGAAUGCUGAGGUCUCAGACUAAGCUUACCUGCUCGCCAAGUCUUGGUGGCUUCAUCGGUCAAGUGGGAUCAGUCACACCAGCUAUUCCCAUCCCUCUGGACUGUGGAUCCAACAGGAAUCAAGAGAUGCCCUCCUUGGUUGCCCACCUGUGUGCCAACUGUUGUAGCCAGGCUCAGAGAUGUGCACCCAUGGGCCCCUUAAUCCUGAGAUCAACCCAGAAAGGUGGGAAUUACUGUCCCCAUUUCACAGAUCAGGACAUUCAGUCUCACAGAGAGCAGGUACCUCACCCUGUCACACAGGACUUGAACUCAGAUCUGGCUGAUAAGAAAGUGAAGUCACAGACUCUUAGGAAUCACCUUUAUAUGUUGCAACCAGCUGGAUCCUCUUAGUUAUUUGUGUGUCCACUGGCAUUGUUAUUGCCAUUGUUCCUGAAUCCCCAUUCCCACCCCAGCCUCCGUGGAGUGUGGCUGAGGAAUCCUUCAGCCUGUGGAUAACAGCCUGGUGGUUGUGGCAUCCUCUGUCUGCCUUUCACCCUAGUGGCCACGCAGCUUUCUAUCCACACCUCCGUCAGAAGAUCCCCUCAAGACUAUAACAGGCUUGUGCAAUAAUAAAUGUUGGCUUGGAUUGGCUCGGU